AGACGGUAGUAAAAUGGCCGAAAUUGAAGCUUAUGUACGCUUACAGCGACGGAAUCGGCGAAAUGUGAGACAAUUCCGUCCUCGCAUUCAAUUCGUGAAUGUUCGAGACAUGGACUUUGUGUCAAGGUAUCGGGUUGACCGCGCUACGACCCAAGAAUUGAUUGAAAUAGUUGGGCAGGAUUUAUCCCGCGGGACUCAGGGAGGACACUCCAUACCUCCUGACACACAGCUGCUGUUGAGUCUGAGAUACUUAGCCAAAGGGGCGUUUUACAGUGAAGUCGCAGACACUCAUGGUGUAAGCAGAAGCACAGUUUGCAGAGUAAUUGGCCGAGUUGUCAAUAGUAUAAAUGCAAAUAUUGACAAUAUAAGAUUUCCCACGCAGCCUCAGAGUUUGCUUCAGACGAAACGCGAAUUUUACAGAAAGUGCUCACUGCCGAAUAUUGUGGGUGCUAUUGAUGGCACUUUGGUACCAAUAGUGGCACCAACAGAGAAUGAAGAGGUGUACGUGUGCAGAAAAGGGUUUCAUGCCCUUAAUUGUCAGGCGGUCUCCUCACCAGACCUGCAAUUCCUGGAUGUUGUUGCUCGGUGGCCAGGUUCCAGGAAAUGGCCCAUGUUUAUUGGAAAGAUGCUUUUUAGCUCAACUGUCAUAUAUGAAAUAUAUAUAUUGGAGCUAUAG